AUGGGAUAGCACUAGGCUAAAGUUUCUUUUUUACGAAAAUAUUCUUUUGGAAGCAAUGAGCUCGAAUCAUAAAUUUCACAAGAAAAUGAAAUAAUUGAAAAAUAGUUAAAGGAAAGAAAAUAAAUAUCUAAUGAAAUAGAUAUCAGUAAAAUAUAACUUUCUUUGUAUAAGAAAGAUUUUUAUCUUCUAAAAUUAAACUACCAGUUAAAUUAUUUUAAUAGUGUUUACUUAUCUGAUGUUGAAGGUAUUUCUUUAUCACUCCUAUAAAUUAUAGGUCAACAGAACACUAAUAACUUUUUGAAUAUUAUGGAGUUUCUAAGUAGAUUAAAAGAAAUUAAACGUAUGCAAAUAGAUAUUUUAGAUAUGUAAGAAGCAUAUCUUUCACAGUUCAUCAAUUCUAUCACUCAAAUUAAGACUUUGUAAGAAUUAACUUUAUCUUCUAUUGAAGACUCAUCUGUAAAUGAAUCUCAUUUUAAGUAGAUCAUUUUUUGGAUUAGUGGAUAGCUAAACAUGAAAAAACUCACCUUAAGCUUAAAGUUUAAAAUGCAUAUUAAUCAGUAAUUUUAUAACUAAUUUGAAAAUCUAUUUUUCAUGGAAAAACUCAGAUUAGAAUUUACAGAGUAUUGCGUGAUCUCCUCAGAAGGCUUAAUUUAGUUAGGCAAAGCAAUUUCAAAGUAUUUUAGAUUAACUUUAUUAACUAUCCAGAUUUAAAGCAUAGAAUCUCACAUUGAUUCAAACUCUAUUAAAAUUUUUGCUUAAAACCUUUAAGAAUUGUAAGCUGUAGAAUAAUUUUCUUUUUCUCUAAAAUAAGAAAUAUUCAAAUAAGACCAAAUCGACUGGCAAAAUGGCAAUAUUUAAGAUCAAGAUUACAUUUUGCUUUUUGGAAGUAUCUAAAAUCUAUCUAAAUUAAGAGAUCUAGAAAUUAAUGUUUCUUAGAAUAACAGUUUUAGUUAAAUUACAGCUUUUAAUUUUAGCAUUUGCUUAGGAUUCUUAAAAAAGCUCUACAGGAUUUCAUUUACAGUAGAUGAAUCUAUAAAAAUUGAUAACAACUCUGUUUAAUGCAUUUACGAAGGAUUAUAGAAACUAAAAAAACUAAAGCAACUUUUUAUUUAGUUGAAUAAUCCGUUUCAGAUAACUUUUAUAGGUUUAUUGUAAUUUUUAAACAAGCUUGAUGAAGAUGGAGUUUAAUUUUGUAAUGUUGAGAAAAUAUUAUUCGAGAGACAAUACUAAAGCAACAACAUAUCAAAGUUAAAUUUACACUUAAGUAAAUUUAGUGAAAAUGGUAUUUUAGGAUUAAGUCAAGGACUGUCUUAGUUAAAUUAACUAGAGUAUCUUCAUCUAAAGAUUUGUGAAUCGCAUUUAAAUUCAUUGCAAUAUAAAAAAUUAGGAGAAUCAUUAAUAGCAAUGAAGUAACUCAUUUGUCUUUCUCUCGACUUGGAUGAAAAUGACACAAAUUUAUUAAUUGAGUUUGGACUUUGCUUGCAGUUUUUAGAAAAUCUUAGAUUUUUAGUUCUUGCUAUUAAUCAAUUAGAAGGAAUGUAGGUUUAUUUACCUAAAAUAAAAAACCUUAAUAAACUCUCUCUGCAACUCAAAAUUGAAGAAAAAAAUCAGGAAACGCUUCUUAUAAAUUUAAAUUAAUUGAAUAAUAUUUUAAUUUCUCAAAAUAAUAUAGUUUAUUUCAACUUUGAUAUUCAGUGUUCUUCUAGUAUUAAAUUGUAUUAAGAUGAUUAGCAUAUUUUAACUGAUAGCUUAAAAACUAUAAAAUAAUUAAAUCAUUUUAGAUUAGUUAUUAAAGAAAAAUAACACCUAUAAGAUUCUCAGUUUUCUUUAAGUGAUUAUUUAAUUAAGAACUUUAGCUUCUAUUCUAUGUACCUUAAAAAAUUGUAGAAACUUACUUUAUCAAUUUAAGAGUAAAAUUUCUUAUAAGAAGAGUCACUUUUAUUACUUUCAGAAGCACUUCCAAAUUUUGUUAACUUAAAUCAAUUAUAUCUGCAUCUAGAUAAAUCUAAGCAUCAAUUCAGUUCUUCUGCCUUGAGUAAAUUUUUUAAAAGCUUUAACAAUCUUUAAUAGUUAAAAACCUUGAGCAUUUUUAUUUUUAACUUGUAAUAAAUCCCUUUUCCAGAAAUAGAAAAAAAUAUAACUCCUAUAUUAGUUUAAACCUUGGCAUAAAAGCAUAUCUCAUCUCUUACACUUAAUCAGGAAUUAACUAUGAUAAGAAAAAAUAGAUACAAAAUAAUCAAAAAUAUAUCUACACUUUUUUAGUUAAUAUCAACCUAUUUAUUACUUAUAUUAAUUAAUUAACACUCCAACAACAAAAGUCACUAUUAAAGUAAUAGUAUAAUUAUUCCAAUGGACGAAAUUAUAAAUACCAAAGUCUUUUUUUGA